AGCAGUGCCCGUGAGCUUCAUCGUACAGACAGAGCAAAACCCUUCGCCCUAAAACUUCCCCCCAAAAAAUGGCUUUCAAGCUUGCUGCCGUCGUCGUCCUGUUGCUCGUUGCCGUUGCCAUCAACGGAGCACCACAGUUGGACCAGCUGCCCGGAGGUAUGACCCCACCGUCGGUCGGUGAGAUGCCGGUUGGUGGUGCCGGCGGUAACCAGACGAAUCCGGGUGACCUGACCAACAAUCUGAACACGACCGUGCCCGAGAACCCGAUGGGUGGUGUUGGUGGUGCCGAGAACGCCACCAUGCCGUCCAACAUUGGUGGUGGCAUCCCGAACAGCCUGAGCAACAGGAUCCAGAAUAGCCGCAACAAAAUCAACGGACAUUAGGGAACCCCUGGAUCGCGACACUGAGUGGAGAGAAGAGUUGGAAAUGAAAUAAAUGGAAU